GUACCCUGAGACGGUUGGUAAACAGACAGUUCCAGGACUAGUGAUGUCAGCCGUCGGGGACGUCCUUGAGAGUGUCCGCGUCCUCUUGUCCUGGCUGGAGAGGACGCCGUUUCAAUUUAGUCCUCAGUUUCUCAAGGUUCGAACCAACCUAAUUAGUAUAAGUUUGGAGUUGGCAACAAACGCCCACAGAGAAGCAUUUGCAGAACAGCCUAUUGAUGUUAUCAGAUCCUGCUGUGAUAAGCUAGGUGAGCUGGCAGACUGUUGUAUACGUGAGGUAACAGACCCGCUACUCCUCCAGCCGGCCAGCCUGGAUGUUGCGACGGUCAGGAAGAAGACUGAGGAGGAGUUAGGUAAACUACCAGACUGUGGUUGGUUGGCAGACCAAGAAGGUUCUGCAACUGAUGGGAGAAAAUCCGGGAGAAGUGAUUUUAACGCUCAAGAAAAGACCGAAGCAUUCGAAUCUCCUAGGACAAGUUUAUAUGAAACCAUUCAGGAACUAAACCAAGUCAAAGCUUCUAAAAAUCACAUAAUACAGCAGACGGAGCUCCUUGUUGUUCCUGAUGUAAGUAUCCCGAUCAAGAAGAAACCUCCGUCCUCCACCUCCUCCGACGAGCACCUGACGGAGGCCGAGGAUUCGGACUCCGAGAAUGACGAAGCGUUUCUACCUGUUGCAGCAAGCGUGGUUGUGGGACAGAUUGAGAGGAAUAAGAUUAACGUAUCUCCUACAGCAUCCCUCAGUGAUUCGAGCUUCUGUACCUUGUCUAUGUCAUCGGUACAGGACACAACAGGAUAG